AUGACAAAAAUUAUUCGUUCAAAAAAAUAUAAUGUUACUAAUAAUACGAAACUUGCGAUGCAAGUUCCUUCAUUAGAUGAUGAAAUUUCGGACCCAUUUCUUAUGCAAGAUCAUCAUGAUGCAGAUGACUCCGCAAGCGAUUGUGAAAGGCAGUCUGAGAGUCCGACUUUACAGCCUCCUUCAAAAAAGCAAAACUUAAAUGACAACACAAUUAAAGGGACUGGAAAAUUUGAAAUUAAAGAUAAGUCGAAAAUUCCAAGGGAGAAAACGAAUAAAAUCAACAAUUCGAUAAAUUCAUUAGAAGGAUCCUCUAAAACUUCAGCAAAAUCGUCUUCUUCAUCUCUUUCAUACAGAAAAAAUGAACUUGAAUCUGAUACACUUUCGUCAAGUUUAUCCUCUUCACAUGUUGAAGUCAGACAAAGUCAACUUGAUGAAAUUUUGGCUAUAUGCAGAAUAAACGAGAUGUACCUAAAAGAAUUGUUAAAUAAGGAACGAAUUUUAAAUGCGAAAGUGGAGCAACUUUUAUCAGACAAAAAUGUUGUUUCGAAAUAUUAUAAUUUUGCUGAAGAGCACAAACUGGGAAUUCCAUUUCAAGAGAUGGAAGAUUUUGAGAAAUUCGAAGAAUCGCUUUUAUCUAAUGAUUUUAAGGUUAAAUUCGAAUCUUCUCUCAGCAUGCAUUUUGACUCCACUUUAAAUACGCGCAAGACCAUUACAAACAUAUUAAAAAAGUACUUUUCGAAGAACCUUGCACUUAAUUUUGUAGCAAUGAAAGUUACUGGAGAUAAAAAAAUAUUUAAGAACACAAUGAUGUUUACUUCUAUGCUCAAUGCCAUUUCAGAUACUCAUAAAGAUCAUUUGGGUGCUCCUAUUGUGGAAGGAACAUUUUUAAAUGAAUUGAAAAAUGUGUUACCAAACGUUAAAGAUUGGGAAGGUGGUCGGAAGAGUAGACAUAAGGAACCUGAAUAA